AUGACAGCGGGAACGGUUGUGAUCACUGGCGGAAUCCUAGCGACAGUGAUCCUCCUCUGUAUCAUUGCCGUCCUGUGCUACUGUAGGCUUCAGUAUUACUGCUGCAAGAAGGGCACAGAUGACGAGGAUGCUGAGGAGGAAGAGGAAGAGGAGGAGCAUGACCUUUCCAUCCAUCCCCGAGCCCCCUCCUGCAACGCCUGCAGCUCCCAAGUCCUGGACGGCAGAGGCGGCCUGGCACCUCUCACCGGCGAGCCCUGCAGCCAGCCGUGUGGGGUGGCCAGCCAUUGUACCACUUGCUCCCCUUACCGCACCCCCUUUUACAUACGGACAGCUGACAUGGUGCCCAAUGGGGGCGGAGGCGAGAGGCUCUCCUUUGCCCCUACACACUACAAAGAGGGGGGGACCCCAUCCCUCAAGUUGGCAGCACCCCAGAGUUACCCGGUGACCUGGCCAAGUUCUGGGCAUGAGGCCUUCACUAAUCCAAGGGCUAUUAGUACAGAUGUAUAAUCCUUUCACCCUGAUCUGCACACGUUCAACACUGCUGCCCUAGCAGGAGCAAUGGAGUGGUGGGGGGGACCCUCCAAUAGCCCCCCUCCC